AAAAAGAAAGAUAAAUACUUCCACCGCCGGUGAGUUGUUUAUAGCGCCACCGCCGUCGAACGAUAUAGACGAAUGUUAGCUUGCAGCUGCAGGUCCUUUUUAAGGUGGCCACUUACCAAUUACCAACAUUUACAGAGAUGUUUUUCUUCUUGCGGUUUCGAAUAUAACUUGGGGACGCAUAUUGAAGGAGUUUUUCAUGUUGCUAUGGACCGGAAAAAGCAGAAAAUGAUUGCCAAAACAUGGAGACCUGUUUCUACUCAAUCAAGGUCUAGUGAAGGUGAUGAGAAGCAUAACCUUGGAGGUCAAGUGCAAGAAGUUAAAUGCACCGUCUCUUCCUAUGAGUCAACAGUUUUGGCAGAGGACAGUGGAGCUGAAGUAGUAAAUGAUGAUGAACCACUUUCAGCAGCACAGAAGCAUUCAGUUAAAUUCGAGGCAGGAGCUUCCUUGAUGCGUUUCAUCAGAGGGAAAGGGGGUGCAACACAGAGGACAAUUGAAAAGGAAACGGGAGUUAAAAUCAUACUUCCAUUAUCGCGGAAAGAGGAUUGUCUAAUCAUAGAAGGAAAUUCUGCUGAAAGUGUGGGAAGAGCAUCAGAUAGAGUCCAAGCCAUAAUUGAUGAGGCAGUUAAAAGCCGGAAUCUUGAUUACUCUCACUUUGUAUCACUUCCAUUGGCCAUAUACCCUGAACUGGUCAACAAGCUCAUCAACUUUCAGAACUCGAUUCUUGGAACUACCGAAGUUAACCAAGAUGAAAAUUUGGAAUGUGAUUCAAGUGGUAACACUUCUGAUUCGGAAGGUGAGGAGCACUACUCGAGUAAACCACGGGUUGCAGUGGAAGUCAAGACUAAAGAUUCUAAUGAUCAUGUUAAAGUGGAUAUCACCAACAUGCCACUCGUGAGUUACUCGCCUAAAGUGUCCAAGUCCUCUCCCUCAGAAUCAAAGGCUUCUAAAGUGUUAGAUUUGGGAAUUGAGAAGUCCAUCUUUAUUAAACCAAAAACAUUCCACUUGACUGUGCUCAUGCUGAAGCUUUGGAAUAAGGACCGAAUUAACGCUGCUUCUGAGGUUUUGCGGAAUGUCUCACCAAAAGUAAUUGAUGCUUUGGAGAGUCAACCUGUGUCUAUAAGACUGAGGGGUUUGGAGUGCAUGAGAGGUUCUCCUGCAAAAGCUCGUGUUGUAUAUGCUCCUGUGGAAGUAAUCGGUGGUGAAGACCGACUUUUACGUGCCUGUCAGGUGAUCACUAACGCGUUCACUGAAGCUGGUCUUGUUCUUGAAAAAGAUGCAAACCAGAAGUUAAAGUUGCAUGCCACUAUCAUGAAUGCGCGACACAGAAAAAGCAAAACAAGAUCAAGAAAAGCUGAUUCCUUUGAUGCACGAACAAUUUUUGGUCAAUAUGGCUCAGAACAAUGGGGAGAGUAUCUUAUCCGUGAAGCUCAUCUUUCACAAAGGUUUGUGUUCGAUGACAAUGGCUAUUACCAUUGCUGUGCUUCCAUCCCAUUUCCUGAAGAGAUGCAACUCGAUUGAGUUUUAGAAGCCAGGUUUAAUAGUUUGUCUUUUGCUGUUAUUGGUAGUAUUCUGUCAUAGUUAGUUGUGUUGAAUCUUCCAUCAUACUCUAGGCCGUUUGGUUGAAGCUGAGAGUUACUAUUAUUCUGUGUGCUACCAAUGUAGACGACCUCUUUUUAUUAACUCAAUAUCCUCUGUAGAAUUCAAGAAAUUCUUGUCCUGCAUUAAGCAGUAUGAUGGAAUUUGUUUGGUAGUUUGGACAAUGAUAUUAGUCUCCUGACUA